AUGAGCACCCUCGCAGAGCUCAAGGAAGAGCUCGCUACGUCUCAAAAUGACUUGGACUGGCUGGUCAACGAGGCACUCGUUGCCGACCCCAACGAUGCCGACUCGCUGGAGAUGAAGGCCAACUUGGAGGAGUCGAUCGCCGACCUCAAGUCUCGCAUCGCCGCCAAGACGUCUGCACCACCCCCACCCCCACCCGCUGACGGACCUGCACCCAAGUACGACAUGAGCAAGCACCCUAAGUUCCGCAAGACUUCGGAGGAAGCCGCACCACCGCCCCCACCAGACGAGACUCGCGUCCAGAACUUCAACACCGGAGACUCCGUCAUGGCCAAAUACUCUGUCGACAAGCAGUGGUAUGCAGCGACGAUUGUGGGCAAGACAGGAAGCUCUGCUGACCCUGUGUACUCUGUCAAAUUCACGGGCUACCCUGACAGAGAGAACAAGCGCAAGCACGAGGUGCGCGCUGUCGAGAACAAGAAGCGCAAAGCAGAAGGUCCUCCACCACCUCCAUCCGCUCCAGCUACUGCGGCAAUCCCACCUCCACCUCCGCCCACUACCGUACAGAACGGCGCAGUCAUUUCAGCUGCGCCCUCUAUCGAUCCUUCCCUAGUUCAAAAGCGCGAGCCAAGCAAGGUCAGCGACGGACCAACGCGCAUGCCACCAGCACCAAAGAAGCUCAAGGGCGGCCGCACGCUGGAGAAGACCAAGAACAGCUGGAAGGAUUGGCAGAAGACAGGCCCCAAGAAGCCCGUUGGCAGCUCGGCGAAGAUGGUGAACAAGGAGAGCCAGUUCCGCACCCCAGACUUGCCAAAUGCAAAGGUCGGCUUCACAGGCUCUGGCAAGGCAAUGACCAAGGACCAGGCUCGUACGAAGUGGAACUACACUCACGAAGAGCCAGAAGAAGAUUGA